AUGGUUUCUCGAUCUACCGAGGGGUCUGAGGGAGCCCCUCCGUCCUCAAGGACCCCCGGCACCCCAGUCAAACCGCGACUUACAAAACACGGAUCCAGCCCAUCAAAGCGAGAAGACAAGGCGGGGGAAGGAAGGGUGGUGAAAUCAUCUGCGAAGGAUGUUGCUGAGCUCAAAGAUUAUCAAUUGGGCGAUUGUUUAGGUAGAGGCGCGUUCGGUUCGGUCUAUCGCGCACUUAACUGGAAUACUGGGGAGACGGUCGCGGUGAAACAAAUCAAAUUGGUGGACCUUCCGAAGAGUGAGUUGCGAGUUAUCAUGCUUGAAAUCGAUCUUUUGAAGAAUCUCGAUCACCCCAACAUCGUCAAGUACCACGGUUUCGUCAAGUCUGUUGAAACCCUAAACAUCAUCUUGGAGUAUUGCGAAAAUGGAUCUUUACACUCUAUUUCAAAGAAUUUUGGCCGUUUCCCGGAAAACCUGGUUGGUUUGUAUAUGUCCCAGGUGCUCCACGGGCUUCUAUACCUGCAUGAGCAAGGUGUCAUCCAUAGGGACAUUAAGGGUGCAAAUAUCCUCACAACCAAAGAAGGCCUUGUCAAACUUGCGGACUUCGGUGUCGCAAGCCGUACCACUGGGCUGAGCGAAUCCAGUGUCGUUGGUACCCCAUACUGGAUGGCCCCAGAAGUCAUUGAACUUUCAGGCGCGACCACGGCUUCAGAUAUAUGGAGUCUUGGCUGCACGGUGAUCGAGCUGCUCGAAGGGAAGCCUCCUUACUACAAUCUUCAACCUAUGCCGGCUCUUUUUCGUAUCGUCAAUGACGAUCAUCCUCCUUUGCCUCAGGGUGCCUCACCAGCUGUCAAAGACUUCCUCAUGCAAUGCUUUCAAAAGGAUCCUAAUCUUCGUGUCUCCGCAAGAAAGCUGUUGAAACAUCCUUGGAUAGUCAACGCUCGUAGAUCGGACUCCGUGGUACCCAAGAAGUCUACUGAAUAUGAAGAAGCGGUCAAAAGCGUCCAGGAGUGGAACGAGGCUUUACGAUCUCCUGGCACAGGAACUUUGCGAAAACCCUUAAGACAUGAGUAUCCUAGUCCAAUCCCCCUACGUCGAACCCAACCCUCACGAAGCACACCUACAAAAGACGCCCUCCCAGCUCCCAUCGCCGGCAAUGCAAGAGAUCCAUUUCAACUGCCGGACUCGCCAGCUGAAGAUAAUUGGGACGACGACUUCGCAACUGCCAUCUCACCUAGCGCAUUGCAGCUACCCCAUCUUCGACCGCAGGACAACUUUGGAGGGAUGCUCUCUUCCGAGAAGCUCAAAGCAUUUGCAUCUCUUGAUGGGACUGUGCAAAAAUCUGAAGAUAGCUUCGAAGACUUUAACGACUCUUUCCGGACUACACUGCAUUGUGGGGGGGUCGACCCCCUCGAGACUAUCCGUCCUCUCCCACUUAAGAACAUGGCCGCAGAAAAUGGGUCAUCUAACAAUUCAUUCCUCCCGCAGACAUCCAAGAGAUCCACGCCUUUCGCGCACAAUGUCCCGAUUCUUACCCAGAAUUCUGUUCCACCGACCAGACCAACUCGUCCGACCUCCUUUUACAAAGAAAACUCCGUGGAAGACUAUUCCGAUCUCAUACUACCGAGCGAAGACGCUCUAGGUCGAAGACUCAAUGCCUUGAGAGACAUUGACGAAGAUGCUUACCCGGCCAAUUUGGCGGACUUUUCACCAUCAAAGGAAAUAGUCCGAUAUCAAGCAGCUCCCCUGGAUGACGAAGAGCAAAGACCUCAACUGAGGCGACAGCUCUCAACCAAGCGUCCAGUCGAAAUCCAAAGAUUUGCGGAAAAUGAAACCGAUGAAGAUUUCUCGGAUAUAUUGGGUGCUGAUGAGGUUGCUCUCGACAAGCCAGACAGCGACGGGAGUUCAGAAAGAAGCACUUUGAUGCUCAACUCAAGACACUCAACUAACUCUUGGCUCGGAGAUCAAGACGACGAAGAUGAUCCAUUUGCCCAACUCGAGGAAGGACUAGAUGAGAUGGAUCUGGAAGCUAACAUUGCGCGAGACAAGUACGCCCGGCUCCGCAAUCAGGUCGAAGGGCUUGUCAGCUCUUUAAAAACAUCUCAAGACGAGGAUCUGCUCGGGGAAAUCUCAGAACAGCUGUUGGCGAUUUUCUGUGACCUUCCGGAAACGAAAAACAUCAUCAUGAGUGCCCAUGGUAUGCUGCCAAUUCUCGAAAUCCUUGACACAUGCCGUCGGCGCGACGUAGUGUUAUGCCUUCUCAAGAUUGUGAAUGCAAUCAUCUACGAAGACUACGAGAUCCAAGAAAACCUGUGUUUCGUUGGUGGAAUCCCAAUCAUCAACGAAUUUGCUUCGAAGAAAUACCCACAAGAGAUCCGACUGGAGGCAGCGGCGUUUGUACAGCAGAUGUAUCAAACAUCAACCUUAACCCUUCAGAUGUUUGUUAGCGCAGGAGGUUUGAAUGUUCUCGUUGAGUUCUUGGAAGAUGAUUAUGAGGACGAGCGUGAUCUGGUCUUAAUUGGAGUCAACGGGAUCUGGAGCGUCUUUGAGCUACAAGGCUCCACACCGAAGAAUGACUUUUGCAGGAUCUUGUCUCGCAGUUCUGUAUUGGACCCCCUUUCUCUUGUCCUGAGUCGGGUAUUGGACGAGGAUGGAGAACUAGCCGAGAUUGUCGAGGGACGUAUCGCAAAUAUCUUUUUCGUGUUCUCUCAGGCAGAGAAUCAUGUCAAGGAGAUGGUUGCUGAGCGAACUGUUCUACACAGAGUACUUAAGGAACUGAAGCGCAUGACUCCUGCGCAUCAGAUCACCAUGCUGAAGUUCAUCAAGAACCUGUCCAUGUUAUCGACAACGCUCGAUUCACUACAGAACUCGAAUGCCAUCGAUGUGCUGACGGACCUCCUGAGAUCGACCAUCAAGCGCCCGCAUUUCCGAGAAGUCUCGAAUCAGAUCUUGAAUACUAUCUACAAUAUGUGUCGCCUCAAUAAAUCACGACAAGAGGAUGCGGCUUUGAAUGGAAUAGUGCCCCUGCUCCAAAAAAUAGUCAAGACUGAACGACCGUUGAAGGAGUUCGCAUUACCGAUUCUCUGCGACAUGGCGCAUUCUGGAAAAGUUGGCCGCCGUGAACUCUGGCGCAAUAGAGGUUUACCGUUCUACAUCUCUUUGCUUUCGGAUCCGUACUGGCAGGUCACCGCUCUGGAUGCCAUCUUUACCUGGCUCCAAGAAGAGACAGCGAAGGUUGAAGAGCACUUACUCAGCUAUCACCCUGAUCAGCCCCUGUUCACAGACUCUAUAGCUAACGCCUUUGAAAAUCUGCUGGAGCCUCUCCAAAAGCUUCUUCGACUAAGCCCUCCGAUCGCCUCGACAUUUGCUCGGGAAGAUUUGUUUGCUCGAAUGAGACAGAAACUGCAUCAUAACAAAGCUGCUGUACGCUUGAAUCUUCUGCGUAUCAUCUCCAGUAUCUGUGAAUCCAGCGAAGAGCAAAGCGGGCUCCUGGAGGAAUAUGGCCUGUUGGAAGCAAUCCGAGAACUGGAACACGAUUCAGCCAUUCUAGUUCGGGACAUGGCUGGGAAGCUCAUUCGAUCUAAUGAGAGAGGCGAAGCGUAUGGUGUGGCUAAACGCAGACCUGGAGUCAGAAGGGGAAGUACUGCGACCACGCCACCCAGUCUUCUGUCGAAUCAGUCUGCUCCUAGUACUCCCCAGGUCAGCCGUUCGAGUCAAUCCAAGGGCUACUUCGAUGGGCGGGAAGUUUCGAGACAUCCGCGCAAUGCUCUCAGUGGCUCAGCGCUGGCGCUGCGGCCUGCAAGCCGAGACGGUCCGAGUCCUGGUCUGGCCGCCGGAGCACUUGCCGUUGGAGCAGUAAAGGGCUCUAGUGCGCCUAGAAAUCGGAUAUCGCGGGGCAUAUCCAACAACCGACUAUCAUACUCCGAGUUAUUACCGGAAGAGGAGGGCAGACUGCAGAGCUCACUGUCACGUCGGCCCUCAAUCCUUCCGCGACGUCGGCGUCAAACAAACGCAGAUGGCGAAUGGGGGCUCUAG